AUGAAAAAGCCUCUGAUGAAGCAUCUGAUGAUAUUGAUAUUGGAACUCAUCAAACGGAGAAAGACUCUCAUACCGAUUCACGAAAACAUACGAAUCCUACAUCUCCACCUUAAUGACAAUCAUGCCGCCAAUAUUCCGGCCACCACCAGUGACUCCGAUGUCAAAUGCUGGGAAAAGCUUCUUUACCUCGAAUCCAUCAAAUCUAACCCCACUAAAACACUCUACAUAAACCCUAAUUUCAAUUCAACGCCAAUCUCCACCAUCACGCAAUGCCUCUCUUUGAUGGGAAUCAACCUCGCUGCCACCUGUCGGAUUCUCGAUAUGUAA